GAGAGGGUGUCCCUCUAUGUUUACACGGACAACACGUUUCGGACUUGAAAUGCGUUAACAAUGAUCGAGUCAAACUGACUGAAUAUCAGGAAAUGUUUAACGAAUACAUGGUCAACUGUUCGACGUUCUAUGGCAUUCUGUCUUUUCAAUGGCCAUCCACAAUUCUUUGGCAUCGUCACCCGAAAAGUUGCUUCUACGAGCGUGAUGGAUCAAUACCCUUCGUUUACAGAAUGAAUUUACAGGACGCGUUUUUACAGGACUGGGGGUAUACCUACCAAAGCGAGUCGGGUUUCUUAACGUCAAUCAAAGCGUGGUCAAAAUGGGAAAUGUCUUCUUCAUUUGGAAUACUCGGCUCCAUGAACAAUAUCAAGGAAAUCCUUGGAAAGGAAUUCUCAUUUUUCUUGUCGAAUUGCGAACUGAUGUCAGCCUCAAUAGGACAGGAAUGUAGCCUUAAUAACGUUUCUUUCAAUGAGCACUGUCAUGGUACAACCAUUACGGGUGUAGGCGGUGCCAGUUUAUCAACUUGGGGUAAUGAGACCUUUAUUAUCUUACCCAAUAAUUCUGCUUUGUACUCGAUCAUUUCACUCACAUACUCAUCAUCGCGUUUUUCUGAUGGAGAGAGAUCUUGGUCUGACUCCAUGACCGCUUGUGGGCAACAAGAAAAUUGGGGGUUUACUCCACUUUGUAACACAAUAUUAGUACCAUAUUUAUCAUAUGAACUUUUGAAUAAGAAUGGAAUGAUUUGGGUAAGAUAUAGGGGAUUUACCCUCGAACCGAAUCAAUAUUCACUGGCAGAAAAUAACAGCAUCAGAAUUUGUGAAAUACCCGAAGAUUUUAUAUUUACAGAAGCUCAGAUAAUGGUUAGAAGAGUCUUUUUCACAUUGAAUUUCACUGCGAUGCUCUUAACAUUUGUGACUUAUUCAAUAUUUAGCACUCUUCGGACUCUUCCUGGCCUUUGUAUCAUGACAGUCGCAAUGACAUUUAUGGUAGUAUAUGCUCCUAUCAAUGACGUUGUAAUGGAGCAUUACUGGUUUUGUAAAAUAGCCGCAAUUCUGUCUCACUAUUUCCUGCUCUCUGCUUUUGUGUGGAUGAACAUUCUAGCUUGGAAUCUUGUUCGUACUUUCGCGCUUUCAUCGCGUUUGAAAAGACAUCAGAAGGAUAUUAGGAAGCAGUACGUGCGUCUAGCUCUGUUUGGUUUUGGACUACCUGCCCUUGUUGUUGUGCCAUGUGUCAUCAUUGAUCUCUGCGAGUGUACCAGUCUUCCGAUAUGGUACGGUGCUGGUUUGUCAACAUGUUGGAUCCACGAUACCUGGGGAAGAUUGGUAGUGAUGGAUAUGCCAAUGCUCAUUAGUUUGGUGUUUAACUGCAUAUUUUUUGUGAUGACGGGCAUGGGAAUCAGGAAAAGCAGAAUAGAAACUAAAUUCGCAACUUCUCGGACCAAGGCGACACUGGCAGAGAAGUUAAUCUCAUUGCUAACAUACAUUAAGAUAUCUUCAGUGAUGGGUUUAACAUGGAUCACGAGGUUCAUUGUAUACUUUACUGGUGACAGAGUUAUGUGGUAUGUAUUCAUCAUAUUCACGUUUCUUCAGGGGGCCUUCAUCUUCGUUUUCUUCGGGCUUAGCGCACAGAGCAGGAAGUUGUGGCGCGAAAAGUUAUCCUGCCUAAGACGUGCACGGAAAAGACAAAGUACCGCCAUUUCGUCCUCUGUGCAAAAAAAGAACACAGCAUUAUCUAAGGUUUGAAGUAGCGUAUAGGGGAUUGUGUGCUUAAUAAUGUACAUGAAGGUAUUUAGUUUUUGUUUUUGUUCAUGACUUUCUUUGUCAUUAGUCGUGUACCUCCAGGGAUGGGGGAGUACUUGGCGAGAAGAGAAAUUGUUGUAAUGAAAUAUUUUUUUCUUCAGUUACUCUAGAGAUGAGUACGAAAGGGGGUGACUUUUGUUUGAUUUGUUAUAUAGUAGGCCUAGCAUAUACGUAUUUACCGUAUUUAUCUUUAUCCACUGACACUAACAAUCAAUAGAUGCAUAAUAAAGUGUACGUAUUGGACUUCCAUAGUAUUCAGGGGCGGAUCCAGGGUGUUUCGAAGGGGGGGGGGCACAUUUUCCCGAGAAAAAUGACAAGCCCCCCCCCUCAAAGGGUUUUAACCAAUAAUGGUAUUUUGUCCACGAAAAAAAAUUGACAAGAAAAAAAGAAGUCUUCACUUUCGA